ACCCCGCUGGGAGCAGGGAGAUGGCGGCGGCGGCGGCGGCGGCCGUGAGCAGCGCCAAGCGGAGUCUGCGGGCCGAGCUGAAGCAGCGUUUGCGGGCCUUGAGCGCCGAGGAACGGCUACGCCAGUCCCAUCUCUUGACCCAGAAGGUGAUUGCCCACAGUCGUUAUCAGAAUUCCAAAAGAAUUUCCAUCUUCCUGAGCAUGCCAGAUGAAAUUGACACAGAAGAGAUCAUCAAGGACAUUUUCCAACAAGGCAAAACCUGCUUCAUCCCUCGGUACCAAUUCCAGAGCAAUCACAUGGAUAUGGUGAAAUUAGAGUCACCUGAAGAAAUUUCUUUACUUCCCAAAACAUCCUGGAAUAUUCACCAGCCUGGAGAGGAAGAUGUUCGUGAGGAGGCCUUGUCAACGGGUGGACUCGAUCUCGUCUUCAUGCCAGGCCUCGGGUUUGAUAAAGAUGGCAACCGGCUGGGGAGGGGCAAGGGCUACUAUGACACCUACCUGAAGCGCUGUCUGCAGCAUCAGAGAGUGAAGCCCUACACCCUGGCUUUGGCCUUCAAAGAGCAGAUCUGUCUCCAGGUCCCAGUGGAUAAACAUGACGUGAAGGUGGAUGAAGUCCUUUACGAAGACUCCUUGGCCUUUUAAGCCCCUUGACUGCAGCCAAAUACCCAGUGUUGGGCACCGGUGUAAAGAAAAAAUAUGGGUGUUUUCCCCUUGUCAAAAAUGAGCCAGAGUGGGCUGGGGAGAUGGCUUGGUGGUUAAGGCGCUGCGCUUGCCUGCGAAGCCUAAGGACUCAUGCUCUGCUCUCCAGGUCGCGGAUGAGCCAGACGCACGAGGUGUUGCAAGCGUGCAACGUUGCAUAAGUGCAUAAGAUGGUCACAUGCCUGGAGUUCUACUGCAGUGGCUGGGGGCUCCCGUGAGCCAAUUCUCUCUUCCUCUCUCUCUCUCGUUCUCUCUGAUAAUAUUAAUAAACGACUAAAAUAUGUUUAAAAAGUGA